AACUGGGUAUUAUGUCUCGCCCCGAGCCCACGUCCCCGCACUAUUACGUGGGGAUCGAUGUCGGCACGGCCAGUGUUCGCGCAGCUCUUGUGGACCAGGACGGCUCAGUGGUGUUGACAGCGAAGGAGCCCAUUGAGAUCUGGGAACCUCAUCCUAACCACUACGUGCAGUCUUCCAGUGACAUCUGGGAUAAGUGCUGCCGCACCGCCAGGAGGGUGACGCAAGGAGUAGACCCUAGCCAGAUUCGAGGGAUUGGUUUUGAUGCCACUUGUUCCCUCGUGGUUCUCGAUAAGAGUUUCCAGCCGCUACCAGUGAACAGCAAUGGCGAGAAGGACAGGAACGUUAUCCUGUGGAUGGAUCACCGGGCGUUUGGUCAAGCAGAGCAGAUCAGCCGGACGAGGCACAGGGUCCUGCAGUAUGUGGGUGGGGUGAUGUCUCCCGAAAUGCAGCCGCCCAAGUUAAUGUGGUUAAAAGAAAACCUGCGAGAGUCCUGCUGGGAAAAAGCCGGCCACUUCUUAGAUCUCCCUGACUUCCUGUCCUGGAAAGCUACAGGUUCCCUGACAAGGUCUCUUUGUACGUUGAUUUGCAAAUGGACCUACUCUUCAGAGACAGGCUGGGAUGACAGUUUCUGGACAACCAUCGGCCUGGAAGAUUUGGUGUCUGACUAUUCCAAAAUAGGCGUGCAGGUGUCCUCUCCUGGAGCUCCACUGGGAGCGGGGCUGAGCGGCGAGGCGGCCCGGGAGCUAGGCAUGUGCGAGGGGACUGCGGUGGCUGCUUCCCUGAUUGACGCUCACGCAGGAGGGCUGGGUGUGGUUGGAGUGGACAUGACAGGACACAACCUUCGGUGUGAAACCCAGCCAAUCACAUCUCGCCUGGCUCUGAUCUGCGGAACCUCUUCUUGUCACAUGGCAAUCAGUGAAAGACCUCUGUUUGUCCCGGGUGUGUGGGGUCCUUACUACUCUGCAAUGGUGCCGGGGCUGUGGCUGAAUGAAGGCGGUCAGAGUGCCACAGGAAAGCUGUUAGAUCGCAUCAUUAAAGGACAUGCUGCUUUCCCUGAACUACAGAAAAAAGCCAAAGAAAGCAGUGAGAAUAUCUACACAUUCCUGAAUCGUCACCUGGAAGCGAUCAAGAAGGAGUCGGCCCUGGGCCUGCUUACUGCUGAUUUGCACGUUUGGCCCGAUUUCCAUGGCAACCGAUCUCCUCUGGCUGACCCUGCACUGAAGGGCAUGGUUGUUGGACUGACACUUUCCCAGACUCUGGAUGACCUGGCCCGACUAUAUCUAGCCACAGUUCAGGCAGUCGCGCUGGGCACGAGACACAUCUUGGACUCGCUGCAGGCUGCAGGGCAUCGCAUCAGCACCCUGUGCAUGUGUGGGGGACUCAGCAAAAACCUGCUGUUCGUGCAGAUGCAUGCAGACAUCACAGGCCUGCCUGUGGUGUUGUCUCGAGAGGUGGAGUCUGUGCUAGUCGGAGCCGCUAUUCUGGGAGCCUGUGCCUCGGGGGACUUCCACUCCAUUCAGGAAGCAAUGGGGAGAAUGGCAGGAGCUGGGAAGAUCAUUGAGUCAAACCCUGAGCACAGCAGUUUCUACGAUAAGAAGUACAAAGUGUUCCGGAGACUGGUCGAGCUUCAGAAGGAGUGCAGAGCCCUCAUGCAGGACUGACUGUAAUGAAGGGAGAUGGGGGCAGCUUCCCACAGUCAAAACAGAGGCUCAUGUACUGGAAUUGCUGCCGGUUGAUGGGAGCUGGGCAUCUUAGCUUUACUUUGUCUGGGAACCGCCAAGCUUCCAGAAGCAUCUACACAUAACCCUAAUCCUAAUAUUAAAUCACAAUGUUACUCCAA